AUGAAUUCCGGCUUUGAGCCCAUCACCGCGGUUUUCUAUUCGGUUUUUCAUCCCACAGAAGGAACAAAGAUCGUUCACCAAGUUCCCGAUGUAAUUUCUCGCGAUCAGCCGUCGCUUUUUGAUUUCGAUGCCGUGCGCAACUACGUGAUUCCUAAACCUCAACUAUGUAAUAAACUUGUACUGUUUAAGAUAGGAAGGUACCGGGUGAUGGGGUACCCUGUGAACAUUGAAAAUACAGAUUAUGCUCGAAAUUCUUUUACUUUCAAUUUUUGUUUUGUGUUUCCUUAUGACAGUGAUACCACUCCGUACGAGCUGGCUGUGCGGAGAAUGGGACGUAUGUUUCGAGUUUUGGAGGAACAAAACUUUCUGUUGUCGAAACAAGACCCUGCAUUUUUCAAAGACAACAGAGCCCAUUUGGACCGUGCCGACACCACAGAAACUACUCCUGGGUACGCUCGAACUGCUAGAAUCACCCUCUCAUCAAUUGAGUCAUUGAUCAAUCAAAUUUUUCUGGAUCUCAAUAACUACUCUGAAUGUUGUAUUCCACUCGAUCUGGCAAAUUCGGUGGAUAUCAAACUUUUCCCCAUUCUCCCUGCUCCCGUCAAUCUCAAAGGUCACCAGGUUCCUAUUUCCACCGUCAAACUUGGACUAAUGGUGGAUGUCAAUUGGGAUCCAACAAUGGUCAAGAUCUUGCCGUUUAUCAAUGGCGUCAACUCGGUCAGAAAAAUAAGCCGUCUUGCCGAUGCGGACUAUAUCCUCACCAAACAAUGUCUCCAGCACCUAUUAUACUACCGUUGCAUUGAAAUUCUCGACAUUUUCCAGUUCUCCAACAUAUACGCACCCACUAACAACAUCUCAAGGUUCUUGACCGUUCCUGAUAUUGCCGAAGACUGCCAGGCCUACAUAGUCACUGAUUCUGGCGAAAGACUCGCAGAUUUGCCCACCGGUUCCAUGGAAAAUUCAGCAUCCGGUGUCAGCUCUGUAGUUGGAUCAGCUCCUCUACAACGAUCCUCAGAAGCACUGCCCGUAUCCACAUUCAACUCGGUGCUGCCCUUGGCCAGAACUUCCUACUUUUCGUCAUCUUCAGCCACAACAGCCAAACCUCGCACCAUCCAUGUACCGUCAAAGGCUACCCUAUUCUAUCUCUACCGCUCAUUAAACCAAGGCCAAACCAUACGGGAAUGGUACGUCCAGCAUCGCAAACAGCUCCAAUUCAUAGACGUUCGUCGAUUUAUUACUUUCGGUGUGUUGCGAGGACUAAUCUACCGGGUUCAUUCUUACCCCAUUCUGGAUCCGUUGGUCAAGGCCAUCGAGUCUGAUACCCUUCAAGAGCUAGAUGAAGCCAUGAAAGAAAAGAUAGAGAAGCUCAAAGAGCGCACGAAAUCAAACAGCCAUGUCAAUAAUCCCCGAGUCGUCCGCACUCCUACCACCACUACCCUCGAGACAACCUUGAAGACAGAACCUUCCACACCUUCUGGAAAUCCUCGUCGUCGCGUGAGCUUCAACUACAACGUACAGAGACACCCCAAGCACGAAGUGAUACCCGAAUCUGACAUUAGCUCCAGUCAUACUGAAUCGGAAACUUCUAGUGAUGAACCAUGGUCGUCGCACCGAAUUCGUCAAGAUAUUGACGACACCAAAAAUGUGUUCAAACUCCUCAAGGGUUUCCAGAAUUUUGAUGCUAUAUGCACAGAGCUUCAGAAACCACGCAGCGAAGUGGAAAUGCUCAUAGAAACUUUGGGCAGCAGCCACUUGGUCAAUGGGUGA